GGUAAAAGCAAGUACAAACUUCUGCGUUCGGCUUCCUCGCCGCUGGGAGUUUCUUCUGUCCCACAGCUCGUUAAACCCCAAAUGGGUUCUUUCAGAAGAGCUUCAAAGUCUCUGAAAUCAUCUAAGUACUUGUCUCUUUUGCACAAUUCCUCAUUAUUUGGAGGUAACCCAUUUCUCGGAAGAUUGAAUUCUCACCACCGUGUUGGAUUGAGUCAAACAUUUUGUUCUAAUUCUCGCCAAAACAGCACAGAAAAUGUGAUAGAUUUGAACCAGUACCCUCUUGAAAGGGUUAGGAACUUUUCUAUUAUUGCCCACAUCGAUCAUGGCAAGUCUACGCUCGCUGACAGGCUUUUGGAGCUCACUGGGACCAUUAAACGAGGCAAGGGUCAACCUCAGUACCUCGACAAAUUGCAGGUAGAGAGAGAAAGAGGAAUCACUGUGAAAGCCCAGACGGCAACCAUGUUCUACAACCACCAUUCUAGUCUUGGUGUUGGUAGUGAUAAUAAGCUAGAGGAACAAAGUUUUUUGUUGAAUUUGAUUGAUACACCUGGUCAUGUGGACUUUAGCUAUGAAGUUUCAAGGUCAUUAGCAGCUUGCCAAGGAGCCCUUUUGGUUGUAGAUGCUGCACAGGGUGUUCAAGCACAAACUGUUGCUAACUUUUAUCUUGCUUUUGAAUCUAACUUAACUAUAAUACCUGUUAUAAACAAGAUUGAUCAGCCAACUGCUGAUCCUGACCGUGUUAUAGCUCAAUUAAAGUCCAUGUUUGAUCUUGACCCUGCUGAUGCUCUUUUAACAUCUGCGAAAACUGGGAUUGGUCUUGAGCACAUACUUCCUGCAGUCAUUGAGCGUAUACCACCUCCUCCUGGGGUGCACAAUUCACCUCUACGAAUGCUUUUGUUGGAUUCAUAUUAUGAUGAAUACAAAGGAGUAAUAUGCCAUGUUGCUGUUGUUGAUGGCGUGUUACGAAAAGGGGACAAGAUUUCUUCAGUAUCCACUGGCCAAUCUUAUGAUAUUUUGGAUGUUGGGAUCAUGCAUCCUGAACUCACUUCUACUGGAAUACUACUUACUGGACAAGUGGGUUAUGUUGUGAGUGGCAUGCGUUCGACCAAAGAGGCACGAAUUGGAGACACCCUUCAUCAUAGCAAAAGUGUUGUUGAGCCUCUUCCUGGGUUCAAGCCUGUAAGACAUAUGGUAUUCUCUGGUCUUUAUCCUGCUGAUGGAUCAGAUUUUGAGGCGCUUAACCAUGCGAUAGAGAGAUUGACAUGUAAUGAUGCCAGUGUUUCCAUUGCUAAAGAGAGUAGUACAGCACUAGGUUUAGGUUUCAGGUGUGGUUUCCUAGGCUUGCUUCACAUGGAUGUUUUUCAUCAGAGACUUGAGCAGGAAUACGGAGCUCAUGUUAUUUCUACAAUUCCAACUGUUCCUUACAUUUUUGAGUAUGCUGAUGGGAGCAAAAUUUCGGUUCAAAAUCCUGCCGCAUUGCCCUCAAAUCCAAAGCAAAGAGUGGUUGCUUCAUGGGAACCAACAGUUUUAGCUACAAUCAUUAUUCCUAGUGAGUAUGUGGGGCCAAUUAUCACCCUUUGCUCUGAGCGGAGAGGGGAGCAGCUGGAGUAUACAUUUAUUGACAGCCUACGAGUUUUCUUGAAAUAUCGCUUACCUUUGAGGGAAAUCGUUGUUGACUUUUAUAAUGAAUUGAAGAGUAUAACAUCAGGUUAUGCGUCAUUUGAUUACGAGGACUCGGAAUAUCAGCAGUCUGACUUGGUGAAACUUGAUAUCCUGUUAAAUGGUCAACCAGUUGAUGCAAUGGCAAGCAUUGUGCAUAAUUUAAAGGCACAACGUGUUGGCCGUGAACAGGUGGAGAAGCUGAGGAAAUUCAUAGACAGGCAAAUGUUUGAGAUAAUUAUACAAGCUGCCAUCGGAUCAAAGGUUGUUGCAAGAGAAACGAUUUCUGCUAUGAGGAAAAAUGUUCUUGCCAAGUGUUACGGUGGGGAUGUUAGUCGGAAAAAGAAGCUGUUGGAGAAGCAAAAGGAAGGAAAGAAACGAAUGAAACGUGUUGGUUCUGUCGAUAUACCCCAAGAAGCAUUUCAUCAACUGCUUAAGGUUUCAUAGAAAGGAAUGCCCAAAAAGGAAACAAACAGCCAUAUCUGCAAGUAGUUACAUGCUACGGUAUGAUGCUUGAUGAUAUUUUCUAAAAUUUUGUGAAAAGAUUUCAUGAUGAGGAUUUUACAACAGAUUAGAAGCCAUAUAGAACAUUUUGGAGCUAUUAAAGAAGCAAAGAGGGGUGCCUUGGCUCCAAGAACUCCUAGCAUAUGUUGUCAACAUACACUUUUCAUUUUUGUCCACACUUUUUUCUUUUCCAGACCAUAACCCAUGAGGAUUAUGUGUACAUAAAAUUGUAACUCAAUUUUGUUCACCAGAGACCAAAUGUUGGAAAAUAAAAAAAUAAAAACAGAAUUCUUUUAUCAAGCA